AUGCCACCCACGGCAUUCUCAAUCACACUGGCUCUGCGGAGAAUCCUUGUUCUGCCACUUGUUCUUCCUCCAUUUGCCUUUGUGCUUCCUUCUCCAUUUCUUGGGUCUUCCCCUUCCCCUCCCCACCUCCUCGUGUCUGACCUUCUUGCCAAAACCUUGAUUGAAAGUCAAAAGCAAUCACCGUGUCACACCCUCGGCGAUUAUGGACGAAUCACCACACCAAGAGCCGACACUGCAAGUCCCAAAAUCCGAAGCAGUCGUGCAAGAGAAGGGCUAGCGAGUGAUGUUUUUGUCCCUGAUGUCGAGUUCGAUAUUAGCCGAUGGCACAGUGGAACGACAUGGGGCGCUACGUUGAUCGUACCCCAGGCCAUGGAAUGGGGCGUCAGCGUCGACUAUUCGGCCAAAGGAGCUAUGGCGAUUCCGUUGAUUGAGGCUUUUUGGACGUCUUCCUGUUUGGUUGUGGCCGCAGCUCAUAACGACUUUCAUGGUCCCUGCAGGAGUGGUGACAAAUUCAUAGAGCUGUUUGUCGAUGCGGAACCACAACCUGCCGGUAUUUUCGACCAUUACGUACUGGAGCAAAACUCUUGUCGUCUAUAUCUUCAAGUUCCCGCUUCUUUUGACCGGCAUUGCGACCAUGUUGAAUUUUUGCUGGCCAAUCGAUCGAUCACUGCCUACGCACUUGAAAAAUACCCCGACCAAUCGACCGUUGUCUCGGCUAUUAUCAACGCCUGGCGCACGGCGAGCGGUUUCUCGGUGGGAUAUUUUCAGCCGGCGUGGAUCGCGCGAAACGGCAUUGCGGCGGUGUUUGGGACACAGAUUGCGGUCGUGGUGGCCGUGCUGGUUCUUACUAUUACGCCGGUUAUUGUUUUUGGGAAAAGACAGGUGAGAAAAGAGUAG